AUGAGUAAACACAUAUAUACUCUGGAUGGAGGAAAAAUAAGUGAAUUAGAUAGAUUAGGUUUUAAAAAUUUUGAUUUUUUAUCAUGUGAUGAUGAUAAUGAAUAUGAUGUAUCAAAAAAUGAAAUGAAAAAUAUUCUAGAAAAUAUUCAUUUGAGUUAUUUUCUUGCUGGAUGUAACAUUAUCAAUACUAAUACAUUUCAAGUUAAUUUACAUAGUUUAAAAAAACGAAAUAUUGGUGUAGAAAAAGGAGAAGAGAUAUUAAAUACAUAUAUAGAUAUAGCAUACAAAAGUUUACAAAAAUAUAAAGAGAUAAAAAGGAAUGAAAAUUUUUUAUUGAACUAUUCUAAAAAUAUAAAUGAUUCUAUUUAUGAACACUUAGAAAAUUUUAAAAAUAUUAGAAAAAAAUUAAAUAUUUUACAUGAUAAUGAUACUAUCAAUACAAAAAUUUAUUUAGAUGAAUUAAAAUUACAAAAUACACAUUUAAAAAAAAAAAUAGAUAGAAAUAAAAAUAAUUAUAUUGCUUUUUCUAAUGGGUGUUAUAAUUCUGCUUUUCGAGAUUUUAGUGAGUAUUCAGGAGUAUUGCAUAAGAAUAAAGAAAAAUUAAAAGAUAAAAAAUUAUCAACUUACGUAAAAACAAAUAAUAUGAUAAAAUUAGAAAAAAUGAAAAUGAGGAAUAAUAAUAAUAAAAAUCCUAAAAAUUUAUCAAAAAAAAAUAUUAAACAUCAUAAAUAUUAUGAUAUAAAAUUAAAAUUAUUAUAUAGCAAUACUCUUUUUAACUCAAAACUAUGUAAUAUAGAAAUGAUACCCAGAAAUAAAAUGGAUAAUGAAAGUAUAUAUAUUUUUUCACCAAAUAGCAAACUUUUUAAUUAUGGAAUAGAAUAUUAUAUAGAUGUAUCAGACGAAGAAAUUAUAAGUAAUUGUAAAUUUAAGUUAGGUUCUUUUUCUAAAAAUGCAAAUAAACUAAAUUUCUUUUCUUUAACAACAGCUUCUAAUAUAAGAGAAGUAUUAACUUUUUAUAAUUAUAUUAAGUACUAUGGAAAUACUUUUAACAAUAGUGUAAUUGUAAACUUUUUUUGCAACAGUUCUAAAUAUAUCGGAUGUUCCCAUUAUUCCUUUUUUGAUUUUGCUUCAUUAUUAUUAUAUUUGGACUCUUAUAAUAAAUAUAUAAGAGCAAUAGGAUUAAAUUGCAUAAACAUAGAAAAUGCCUAUGAUUUAUUUUAUCCUUUUAAAAAAUAUGUCUGUCAAUAUAAUAAUAUCAAUGUUGAUUUAUAUAAAAGUGACAAUUCUCAAAUGAAUUCUAUAGCUAAAUGUGUAAUGAAUGAUUUGAAAAAAAAUAGGUAUGUUAACGAUGUCGAUUUUUUUUGUUCACCUAAUAAAUCUUUAGAAAACGUAAUUUUUGAUAAUAACAAUAAUAAUAUAAAUUUUCAAAAUUCAUCAAAAAAAAGUAAUCAUGUUUAUAAUUUCAUUGAAAAAUGGUUGGGAGUAAAUGUAAAUGGAUUUGGUGGUUGCUGCUUUUAUAAUCCUUAUGAUAUUUCUCUAAUUGAUUAUAAAUUAAGACAACUUUUAUAA